UGCGGCUGGAGUUCGGCGGCUGAAGGCGCGGGGCGUGUCGAGGCAGCGGACGGACCUGGGUCAAACUUUACGCCGCUGCGCAGACACCUUCCACGGGCCGGACGUGACGUAGGAAGAGUUCCGGCUUCGGCCUCUGCCGCUGCCGCUGCCGCCGCUACUUCAGCUGCCGCCGCCGCCGCCGCCACCGCCGUCGGGGCUUCUUAUUUCUAAAAUGGCGCCCCUAGACUUGGACAAGUACGUGGAGAUAGCGCGGCUGUGCAAGUACCUCCCGGAGAAUGACCUGAAGCGGCUAUGUGACUAUGUUUGUGACCUCCUCUUGGAAGAGUCAAAUGUUCAGCCAGUAUCGACACCAGUAACAGUGUGUGGAGACAUACACGGACAGUUUUAUGACCUUUGUGAACUAUUCAGAACUGGAGGUCAGGUUCCUGACACAAACUACAUAUUUAUGGGCGAUUUUGUAGACAGAGGUUACUAUAGUUUGGAGACCUUCACUUACCUUCUUGCACUAAAGGCUAAAUGGCCUGAUCGUAUUACGCUUUUGCGAGGAAAUCAUGAGAGUAGACAGAUAACACAGGUGUAUGGAUUUUAUGAUGAGUGCCAAACCAAAUAUGGAAAUGCUAAUGCCUGGAGAUACUGUACCAAAGUUUUCGACAUGCUCACAGUAGCAGCUUUAAUAGAUGAGCAGAUUUUGUGUGUUCAUGGUGGUUUAUCUCCUGAUAUCAAAACACUGGAUCAAAUUCGAACCAUUGAACGGAAUCAGGAAAUUCCUCAUAAAGGAGCAUUUUGUGAUCUGGUUUGGUCAGACCCUGAAGACGUGGAUACUUGGGCUAUCAGUCCCCGAGGAGCAGGUUGGCUUUUUGGCGCAAAGGUCACAAAUGAGUUUGUUCAUAUCAACAACUUAAAACUCAUCUGCAGAGCACACCAACUAGUGCAUGAAGGCUAUAAGUUUAUGUUUGACGAGAAGCUGGUAACAGUAUGGUCUGCUCCUAAUUACUGCUAUCGUUGUGGAAAUAUUGCUUCGAUAAUGGUCUUCAAAGAUGUAAAUACAAGAGAACCAAAGUUAUUCCGGGCAGUUCCAGAUUCAGAACGUGUUAUUCCUCCUAGAACAACGACGCCGUAUUUCCUUUGAGGCCUUCGCCCAUCCUGCUGACCGGUCACAUUUUUCUGCCCUCUUCUUACCCCAACUUUCGUGUAUUACCCUCUAUAAUAUACUUUUUAUUGAGCACUUUGCUGCUGAAAUGCUGCCUCUUGCCUUUUUUUAUUUUAAAUUAUCUAAAUUUAUUGUUUGUUAUGGUGUCUAUAACAAUGUUUUACUAUCAGUUUUCCCCCCAUCCCAUCCCCACCUUGGACUCAUCUGAGAAGACUUGAGAGAUGUCUUAAUACUCAUACUUCUGCAUGUAGCUCUUGCUUAUUUACUGGUCUGGGGGAAACAAGAUGUGUUUCCUUUUUUAAAAAGCUAAUUGAGAGAACAGACUACACUGAAAUACUCCUCCUUUUGUAUCAUUCAGCCUUUUGUUUUAGUUUGGUAAGUUUUAAGAAAUUUCAGCAGCAAAGUUGUUAUUCAGUGGGCACGAUGGACUGCAGAUGCCUCGAGUUAUGUACACUUGUUCCAGCUGUAAACUUCAUUGUCCUUUGUUGGAUGAUAUUUUAAAUGGAUAUAAAAUAAAUUGGUCUAAAGGGCUGCCCUCCUUGUUGUGUUUUUAAAUUUGAGUUAAAAACUGCUACAGCUUAUGACUUUGUACAUUAAGAUAAUUGUUUUGAUCUUUUUUCAGAUUCCUUGUAUUUUUAAAUAAAAUAAUCUUAAAUCCAGAUAGGUUGAAGUGUUAGAAAUUUUAAACAGCUUACAUUGUUAGCUUAAAGUUACUUUUUUUUCUUUUUUCCUAGUCAGAGUUCUUGACCCUUUGGUUAUUGAGUUUAAAACUUCAACUGAAAUUCAAUAUUAUUUAUUUAAGGAAAAAAAAAAUCACUAAACUGUGCCUAAGAACAUAACUGCCAUAUUAAUGUUUUGGUUUCUAUCCUCUAUAGUAAUAGAAAAACAUUUAAUACUUGUAAUGCUGAUAUGUUCAUUUGAUACCAGUUGAGUAGAAUGUGAUCAAUCCAGUUUACAAUCUAUCAUGAGUAUCAUUAAGUAAAAUCUAUGUAACUUUUCAAUAGGAAUCAUUUUCUUGCUGUAACACUUGACCUUAACUUUUAGAAAGUGUUCAUUUUUUAACUGCAACUGGAAAGGUUGAAAAGUCAGGACUCUUGUAUUUGUGAACUGUAAUCAGAAGCAGGUUUUAAAAAGUGUGGAAAGAAACAAUUGUCCUUUUUUGUAAAGGUCUGUGACACCAUGUUUCAGCUUUGUGUAAGUAAUUUGAAUAUCCAAAGGGUUGUGAUGAUCAGUUCUUGAUAUGCAAUGUCCACUUAAUAAGGACAAGUGUUCCAGUGUCUCUUAUGACUAUGGUCAUAAGUGAUGUUGGAAUUUACCAUUUGGUGAAAUAGUUGGUAUCCUUUUACUACUAUAGUUAAUUUUUGUCAUUCCAGGAAAUCUUUGUGAAGCCAGCCAAUAAUAAAGCACUUUAGCAUUUGUUCAGGUAGUUUUGAAAACCAACUUUUCCCUUUCAGGAUAAGAAUUUCCAGGUUACCUAAAAAUGCAAUAAAAAUCUUUAUAGUCUACACUUCUUGGCACAUAAUUUUUCAUCAGGGUUUUCUUUUAUUAAAUGAGCACAACACUGUUUUGAUUUUUCCCCUCCAGCCACCUAGCUACUUGUGUAGUUUUUAAUUGUAUAGCUGUAUGAAAGAAGUGGCUAAGACAUUUGCUGCACACACUUGAACUGUUGGGUCAGUAGCUUUGUGUCAUUGCCCUGACCCCAGUGUAAUUCAGGGGGAAAGGUAUUAAUCUUACAGGGAUAUGUAGCUAUGUAUUUUACUAAUUGUUAAACACUGGAAAUUAAUGAUGCAGACAACUUGAUGCGGUCUUUAAACAGCUCUCUGCAGUAUUUUUUUCCUGUUACCAUAAGUUGUAUUGAAGUGCUUGAUCUCCUCUGCUUUUAAGUUGUGCCAGUGAAACCAGCAACCCUGAGCCCUCCCUUCCCAUUUGACACCCUCUAGUUUAGAUUGAUGUCGUUGUUUAGUUAUCCCUGUAAUGUGACUUUUAUUUUUGAGUUAUGGUAUACUGCGUUUGUCUGUCACUAGUUGGGCAUGUGCCAAUAAUAUUCUGUCCAUUCCUUAACUGCCAUCUCUGUUCUGCCUGAGUUUUUUCUCUUCAACUGAAUAUCGGCUUUUUGCAUGGAAAAAAAAAGGUUUUUACUAUUAGACAUGUAAAAGGAAGAGAGAGUGAAUGUAUUGGACUUUGAAAGCCUAAAAGGAAUAUUUGGAUUCCUCUACUAAAUAAGGGCUAUGUACUAUAUAGAGUAAUCAUAUGGUGGAAGAUACUUGUAAGUCAUAGGUUUGCAGGCAGGAGGAUCUGUUACUCCCUGUAUCUAGGCUGAAUGUAAAGUCCCUUAUAUUGUAUUAAUGGGGGUAAUAACUAUUUUUAUUUGCCUAUUAUAUACUUGGUUUCUAAUAAAUUGUCCUAGGCUCUAGUGAGAACUGUCUACUUUUAAUUGCCAGUCACUCCCUUUCCUUACUUGCCUGAUAUACUCUUGGCCAGCUUUUUAUAGGUUAAUGCUUUUUCCUGAAAUAUAUCACCACUUUAAAUGUGUUAAUUUGGGUGUGAUCCUAAAAAGCCUGGAUCAAGAGCAUACCUAAUAUGUGACCUGCAUCAGCUCCUACUCCAUCUGGAUGUCUAGAACUGUUGGAAGAUUUUAACGUCUUAAAUCCUGGGUUUUGCUUUUGAAUAAGGUUUGAAAUACUGUUCAUUGCAUUACGAUUUGUGUGUUUUUGCUUUGUAAGCCCAGCACCAGGUUUUGGAAAAUGCCUGUAUUGUGAAAGCAAAUCUGAACUCUUUCUGAGCCUUUCAUUGUGGGAAAUAGAAUUGCUUUUCAUCAGCCUCCAGAAAAUUGUGUACCUGGAGUUGAAGUGAUUUAACAGCAAGAAUCCAGAUUUUUAAAUGUAAUUGUUUUUUAAUUGCUAAUGUUUGUAAAGCACCUUCAGUUCUUUGGAUGAAGGGUGCUAUAUUCUCUCAGUGUAAAUUAAUAAAAACAUUAUAGGAAGUUUGUCAGAAAUUUUAUCGAAUGCAUAGUCUGUAGUAUGUCCCAACAAGAAGUUAGCAUUUUAUAUAACACAAUUUAAAUUAAAAAAUGCUUAUUCCUUCA